AUGGCUGACGAAAAGCGCAAGGACGGCGCGCAGCUUGAGGGUGACAUCACCUUCAUCGCGACCCCUGCCGCGAAGCCCUCCACGUUCAGCACUGGCGAGGACUGCGGUGUCAAGACCACCAACUACCCCACCAUCAACAACCCUCCUCUGCCUGCCGAGGGCCCCGGCAAUGAAUCCUUCUCCAACUGGAUCCUCGGAGCUGUCCUCGCUGGUGUCCCCCUCUGGGUCACCCGCAUCUUCGGCGGCGGUCUCAAGACCUUCAUCUUCUUCUUCAUCCUCUUCGUCGUCCCCCUCCUGAUCGCCUUCUGGACUGUCUCCUCAAGGUUCUCUCCCCGCAUCAACGACAAGGCCAAGCUCCCCGGCCGCCCCGUCGAGCACUACCUCACCUUCAAGAACGAGGAGGACCGCAAGCAGUACAGCGGCCGCAACAAGAUCCCUAUUCAGACUUUCGCUGAGCUCUACACCGAGGGCCUCGUCGACAUCAACGGCGACCUCCUCGACGCCCUCGAGUACCGCCACGACUGGUCCAACUUCGCCUUCACCUACUCCCUGUUCCGCUUCAUCUUCCUCGAGUUCGCUCCCGAUGUCAUCUUCCACUCCCGCCAGCAGGAUGAGGACCAGAUCAAGCCCACCUACGACAAGGGUAACGACCACUACUCCUACUUCCUCGGUCCCCGCAUGGUCUACACCAGUGGUCUCUUCUCCGACCUCAGCCGCGAGGAGACCCUCGAGGAGAUGCAGGACAACAAGAUGGCCGUCGUUUGCGAGAAGCUCGGCCUGAAGGAGGGCGAGACCAUGCUCGAUAUCGGCUGCGGAUGGGGCACCCUCGCCAAGUUCGCCAGUGUCAACUACGGAGCCAAGGUCACCGGUGCCACCAUCGCCAGCAACCAGGCCGCCUGGGGUAACGACGGCCUCCGCCGCGCCGGCAUCCCCGAGAGCCAGAGCCAGAUCCUCUGCAUGGACUACCGCGACAUCCCCACCAAGAAGUUCAACAAGAUCUCCCAGCUCGAGAUGGGCGAGCACGUCGGUAUCCGCAGACUCACCACCUUCUUCCGCCAGUGCUACGACAUGCUCGAGGACGACGGCGCCAUGUACGUCCAGCUCUCCGGUCUCCGCAAGGCCUGGCAGUACGAGGACUUCAUCUGGGGUCUCUACCUCAACAAGCACAUCUUCCCCGGCGCCGACGCCUCCACCCCGCUCGCCAACUACGUCGGCUGCCUCGAGAGCGCCGGCUGGGAGAUCAAGAGCAUCGACACCGUCGGCGUCCACUACUCUGGCACCCUCUGGCGCUGGUACCGCAACUGGCUCGGCAACUCCGAGACCGUCCACGCAAAGUACGGCCAGAAGUGGUACCGCAUCUGGGAGCUCUUCCUCGCCUGGUCCGUCAUCGCCUCCCGCCAGGGCAGCGCCACCUGCUUCCAGAUGGUCGUCGUCAAGAACCUCAACGCCACCCACCGCAUCGACGGCUUCUCUUCCCAGUUCGGCCUGUCUGGCGCCCUCGCCGCCGCCAAGGCUGCUGGCAAGGCUGUCUUCCCCCGGUCGACGUAA